UCCAUUUCUAGUGCAAAACUGGAACUCUCCCGAGAGAAGCGACGCAGGACGAGAUCGGAACAAUGGCUGACUACCACUUCGUGUACAAGGACGCGGAGGGCGCGUCGACGCAGUGGGACGACAUCCAGAGGAAGCUCGGCAACCUGCCGGAGAAGCCGCCGCCGUUCAAGCCGCCGCCGUUCGCUCCGCCGCCCGAUCCGGAGUCGCUGCCCAGGGACAAGUCGUGGAUCGACGGCAAGACCCCGGAGGAGCUCGAGGACCUCGAGGACGACCCCGACCUCGACGACGACCGCUUCCUCGAAGAGUACAGAAAGAAGAGGUUGGCCGAGAUGAGGGAAACGGCUAAGGUUAUAAAGUACGGAUCGGUGAUUCCCAUCUCAGGAUCGGAUUUCGUGCGAGAGGUUUCGCAAGCUCCUCCUGAAGUUUGGGUCGUCGUCAUUCUCUACAAAGACGGAAUUGCAGAGUGUGGAGUGCUCAUGAAUUGUCUGGAAGAAUUGGCGACGAGAUAUCCUGCGACGAAGUUUGUUAAGAUUAUAUCUACUGAUUGCAUCCCGAACUACCCUGAUCGGAAUGUACCCACUAUACUAGUGUACAACAAUGGUGCAGUGAAAGCUAACUAUGUGGGCUUGCAGAGUUUUGGCCGCAGAUGCACAUCUGAAGGUGUUGCACUAGUUCUCUGCGAAUCAGAUCCCGUACUAAAUGAUGGGCAGAGCAAAGGUGAUGCAUCAAGAAAAGCUGUCAUUGACGGAGUUCGUAAAAAGUUCAUAGAGAAAGUUGUGGCAGACCAUGAAGAUGAUGAUGAUGGAUCAUCAAGUGAUUAGCAUCUGAUAGUCUCUGUUUCUUUUUCUUUCCGAGUUCAAGCUGAAGGUGCGGAUGUUUCAUUAGCAUGGAGGACUCGAUAGUCUACUUAAUUCCUCUUGCUUAAGGCUUGCAAUUUUUCUUUUCUUUUGCUUUCAAUAUCCUUAAAUUGGUGAAGAGAGAUUCUGCUUGUGAAUUCCAAGCUGACAGUAGAAGUAAAUUUUGUGAUUUUAAGUAAUGGCUCAGGAGGCUGACUUUUAUGUCAUGCCCAAGCCAGAUAGUUGUAACUGCAAUUUUCUGACAAUCGUUUUCUAGGUUAAUUUUAUCGUCUGUUAAUGGAAAGCAGCUCGUUCCUAUUGGUGUGA